AAUUGUUUCGUCGUCGCUGACACUGCAUGGUUCACCGUAUCAGCGAUGAUGGGGAUUUCAGUUAGUGCAUGAACGCUAGGACUUUCAGCGUUCGUGCCGUCGCCCAUGUUGAAACACACAACGGUCUCGCUCCGCAAUUCCCAGGAUGCGACCCAAGUUCAGGGUCUCCCUAUGGCUCGAUUAUUCUCCUAGAUAUGGUCCGAUAAUGGCUCCAUUUCCGAGGCGCUCAGAUCUGGCCUUGACUGGAUCAAUCGACCGACCUUAUUAUAGACUUGGCAGUAUAGGCUAUGCACAAGUGACAAUCCUUGCAACUAUUCUAGAUCUUGCACCCGCAACGACAAGCUCUAUGAUUCCUAUUUUACAUUCCUGGGUAGAGUCUAGAGUUGGGCACUGAAACAGCGAGAUUCAUUUCUUGAUAUCUCAUUGCUCUCUGCAAGAACAGAACAAGUCGUCAACAUGGUCAUUGGUAUGCUUCUGGCACUCACAGCGUGUCCCGCUAUGCUUGGCACACAGGAAGCGAUACGGCAAAGUCAAUCUAAAACCCGCAGAGAAGAGCAUCGUGGCCAACGAUGUAAUAUGAUAGUCAGUUGCGUGCAGUCUUCCACACGAAGCAAAGAGGUCAACAACAGAAUAGUUGUAUUGAGAGAUAAUAAGUUAUACAUCGAGACUGGAGCAGAACCAGACGAUAUCAGCGGCGACAGACAACCAAUUCCGGGCUCACAUCCAUUUUGUGGUUAUUUCUUGCCUUAUCCUGAUUCAGAUUAUGAAGGUCUUGUCAGUACGAUCACACAUGUCGCACCUAUUCUUAACUGGAUAUACAUCGACAAAAGUACAUAUGAAGUGAAAUACGGUGUACGAGACUUUGCGCAGCCAAACUUCACAGGGCCGUUCGAUUGUACUCGUCAAGACAGACGUAUGACCUUUGAGACGUGGGAAGGAUUCCUUGCUGUCGAAGAAAAUCCAGGAGUAUGGGCUCUAUAUUUCGACCGAGAUGACGAUGGGCUGAGAUCGAAGUUUCCACCAACAACCAGAGUCUUAGAAAUAGAACUUAUAAGGAGGGAGAGGAAGGUCGAAAAACCGGCAGAAGAUGCAGCAAAGACUUUAGAUGAGAUGAUGAAGCAGCAGCAACAGAAACAGCCAGAGAAUCCAGAGAUGGCACAACCGCAAAAGUUAUCUACUCAUAUAGAAACGAGAUAG